AUGUGCGUGGAAAUUACUGGACGCGAAGUGCGUGAUAUGACCGUGGAGGAACUUAAGUCGUUUUUGUACGGCACAUUGGAUAUUACUAAUCCCUAUAGUUUGGACGGAUUAUGUCGUGCUGCUAUGCAAAAUACAAGGAUGAGUAGUGUUAAAAAGACCGUUAGUCCGGUCGAUUUUGUGCAGCUGUUGUCCGUUUUGCUGCGUGGAACACUAAACGAACGAGCUGAACUGGCUUUCCGCAUCAUGGAUCUCGAUUCUGACGGAUUGAUUCGACGUAAUGUUGAAGUGCGUCGAUUUCUACACGAUACUUUUGACGUAAGUGUCGCUGCCCAGAAUCCAGAAAUCGACCCCGAGGAGCCCGUUCGAGACACAAUUAAUUAUCUUUGUGAAAAAUUACAGUGCACUCUUACUCAACCCAUAUCAGUAGAUCGAUUUAAAAAUCUGGCACAAGAUGAACCAUGGAUAAUUGAGAGUUUGUUGCCUUGUAUACCGUCGGAAAUGACCAACUUGGUUUUUCAGACACUGUUUAGUACCGAAGUCAAAUUACCUUCACUUGAAAAUCCACCAAAAAUUUCGGAAAAGUGA